AUGACAUACGUUAACAAAGAAAGCGUCACGGCCAUCGGUAUCAUCUUUCCGGUUCUUGUCAUCGUAUCGCUGGGGAUUCGAGCUUCGGGAUGGCGACGGAAUUCACGGAUCGUCGGGGUCGAUGACUUUCUGAUCGUGCCUGCUGCGUUGCUCACGAUAGCUGCCGGAGUAGCGAUGGUCAUAGGGGCGCAAAUGGAGAUUGUCGGAGGGCACUCUGACCUAGGAAUCACUGCUUCCAAGCAGAGACAAAUCGGAAAGUUCGAAUACGCCUUUUGGAUCGGCCACGUCCUCGCCAUCGGCCUGAUCAAACUUGCCCUACUCUUCCUCUUCCGGCGGAUCUUCAAAGGCAACGCGUACCGAACUCCCUUCGACUACGCCAACUGGACUCUGAUCGUCCUCGUCACAUUGUGGACGCUAAUCUUCUUAUUCUUGGAGGUCUUCGCAUGCGGUGCAGACCCGUCCGUCAGCUGGGCCAGUCUGGCUUCGCUGCGAAGUAAAUGUGUCGAUACGUUUGCGAUGCAGACUGGUUGCGCAGUGUUCAGCUGGGUCAUGGAUUUGGCGAUUUUGAUUGAGCCGUUGUUUAUGAUGAUGUCCAUGGUUAGAUUGCGCCUUUGCAAAUGA